CCCGGGGACCAGCGUACAGAGGCUACAAGAGCUCGCUGAGCCCACUGCCCGCUGCGAUCGCCCGCCGCCAUGCCCUCCUACACAGUUACCGUGGCCACCGGCAGCCAGUGGUUCGCUGGCACCGACGACUACAUCUACCUUAGCCUCGUGGGCUCUGCAGGCUGCAGCGAGAAGCACCUGUUGGACAAACCCUUCUACAACGACUUCGAGCGUGGCGCGGUUGAUUCUUAUGAUGUGACAGUGGAUGAAGAACUGGGGGACAUCCAGCUGGUCAAAAUCGAGAAGCGCAAGUAUUGGCUUCAUGAUGACUGGUACCUGAAGUAUAUCACGCUGAAAACGCCCUAUGGGGAUUACAUUGAGUUCCCCUGCUACCGCUGGAUUACCGGUGAGGGCGAGAUUGUCCUACGAGAUGGACGAGCAAAGUUGCCCCGUGAUGACCAAAUUCACAUUCUCAAGCAGCACAGACGUAAAGAACUGGAAACACGGCAGAAACAGUAUAGAUGGAUGGAAUGGAGCCCUGGAUUCCCAUUGAGUAUUGAUGCCAAAUGCCACAAGGAUUUACCUCGCGAUAUCCAGUUUGAUAGUGAGAAGGGAGUGGACUUUGUUCUGAACUACUCUAAAGCGAUGGAGAAUCUGUUUAUCAACCGCUUCAUGCACAUGUUCCAGUCUUCCUGGAGUGACUUCGCUGACUUUGAAAAGAUCUUCGUCAAGAUCAGCAACACUAUUUCUGAGCGGGUCAUGAAUCACUGGCAGGAAGACCUCAUGUUCGGUUACCAGUUCCUGAAUGGCUGCAACCCCGUGUUGAUCCAGCGCUGCAAAAAGCUGCCUGAGAAGCUCCCAGUGACUACAGAGAUGGUGGAGUGCAGCCUGGAGCGGCAGCUCACCUUGGAGCAGGAGGUUGAGCAAGGGAACAUCUUCAUUGUGGACUUCAAGCUGCUGGAUGGCAUCGAUGCAAACAAAACAGACCCCUGCACUAUGCAGUUCCUGGCCGCACCCAUCUGCUUGCUGUACAAGAACCUGGCCAAGAAGAUUGUCCCCAUUGCUAUCCAGCUCAACCAAGUCCCAGGAGAUGAAAACCCCAUUUUUCUUCCUUCGGAUGCAAAAUAUGACUGGCUUCUGGCCAAAAUCUGGGUGCGCUCCAGUGACUUCCACAUCCACCAGACUAUCACCCACCUUCUGCGCACACAUCUGGUCUCUGAAGUUUUUGGCAUUGCCAUGUACCGCCAGCUGCCUGCUGUGCACCCCAUUUUUAAGCUCCUGGUAGCACACGUGCGGUUCACCAUCGCCAUCAACACCAAGGCUCGAGAGCAGCUCAUCUGCGAGUACGGCCUCUUUGACAAGGCCAAUGCCACAGGGGGUGGUGGUCACGUACAGAUGGUGCAGAGGGCCAUGGAGGACCUGACCUAUGCCUCCCUGUGCUUCCCUGAGGCCAUCAAGGCUCGGGGCAUGGAGAGCACUGAGGACAUUCCCUACUACUUCUACCGGGAUGAUGGGCUCCUGGUGUGGGAGGCCAUCAAGACGUUUGUGGCUGAUGUGGUGGGCAUCUACUAUGAGAGUGACCAGCUGGUGGUGGAGGACCAGGAGUUGCAGGACUUUGUGAAGGAUGUUUAUGUGUACGGCAUGCGGGGCAAGAAGGCUUCAGGCUUCCCCAAGUCCAUCAAGACCAGGGAGAAGCUAUCUGAGUACCUGACUGUGGUGAUCUUCACGGCCUCAGCCCAGCACGCAGCAGUGAACUUUGGCCAGUAUGACUGGUGUUCCUGGAUUCCCAAUGCCCCCCCAACCAUGCGGGCCCCACCACCCACAGCAAAGGGUGUAGUCACCAUCGAACAGAUCGUGGACACACUUCCAGACCGAGGCCGUUCCUGCUGGCAUCUGGGCGCAGUGUGGGCACUGAGCCAGUUCCAGGACAAUGAGCUGUUCCUGGGCAUGUACCCAGAGGAGCAUUUCAUUGAAAAACCUGUAAAGGAGGCCAUGGCCCGAUUCCGCAAGAACCUCGACACCAUCGUCAGCGUGAUCGCUGAGCGCAACAAGAACAAGAAGCUGCCGUAUUACUACCUGUCUCCAGACCGGAUUCCCAACAGCGUGGCCAUAUGAGUGGUGGCUGCCUGAGCCAGUCUCACCCUAGGAUGGUCACCUGUUCUAGCCUGUCCAGACUCCAGCCUAUCCCAGUGGGGAGGCUCACAGGGCAGCACCAGGGCAGGCCUUCUGGCAUUUCUGUCUUCCCAAGCCUACCAGGAUUCCUGGGAAUUCUGCCCACAUGCCCCAGGCUGACUGGCUUCAACCCAAAGGCUGCCCCAGGUUGGGCCACAUUAUAGCUAAGCUUCUGUGCGUAUUCCUUUUUUAUUCUUCAGUCUUGAGCAAAUCUCAGACUGGGAUCCAGGCAUGGAAACAACACAGGUCCCCUCCUACACAGAGUAGGAUGGUGCAGCUUCCAGCCCUACAUCUAGCUCAGCACUUCCACACCAGCAAGUCAGGAUAACUGAGAGAUGUUUCUUCUUGUUGGAGACAUAGGAUGAUUAUUUCCUGGUCUAUUUUUGCUUAGUUCAAUUUCUUGCAUAUAGUACAUGUCCAAAUAAACUCCUGUUGAGUGAAUUAAGAAUUAGUUGUCAUAAAA